AUGCCACCUGCACCUGGUUCUGUAUCACAGACUGCUGAAGUCAGUCAUUCCUCAGGGGAUGCAGAGUUCAGUACCAGCACCAUGAAAACUAUCACUCUGGGCCCAAAGACCUCAAACAGCCGUGAGGGUGGACCCGUCCCUCGCCUUCACACUCCCUCCGAAAGCUUCACCAUGAGCCCAAACAGCAGGAUUACGUCUGAUCUGAGGCCACAGACAGCUGGUCGACCACCAUCGAUCCAAGUGACAACAAGACCAAACAAAAUCAUCCGUGGGAUCCUGCCGACUGUUAUCCCUAGCACCAGUCCAGAAUCCACAACGCCAAAUCAAGCUUCCAAUACUGACUCCAGUUUACAAGCUAAGAUAUUUCACAAUGUGGAUGACACAGCACCCAGAAAAACUCCAGACUUAGACAAAAUGAUGACUCCACUCCCUACCCCCAGCGCCCAAACCACCUCCACAAUCAUUCCUGACCUCAGGUCAACAAGCCCUGACACCUCUGGCCCCAAGCCCCCAGGUGCUGAGUCCUCCACACCCAGUGCACGAGAGCUGCGUGUAAAAAUCAACCAGGUGGACGCUUUCUUCAAUAACAACCUGAGUCCAAAUGGAAGACAACCGGACAUGCUUCCAAAAGAGCACCCAGAGGACAACCAAGGAGGCAGCCGGCCUGACAGAAAACUAUCACCACUCAAACCAUCUAAAGUUACCAUGCCGAGAGACUGCUCCGACCACCUGCUCAGAGGGGGCCUGAAAAGCGGAGUGUACCUGGUGACCCCUGACCUCCGCAGCAGAAGCUUCCCGGUCCUCUGUGACAUGGAGCUGGAUGGAGGAGGAUGGACGCUCCUGCAGCGCAGACACGACGGCAGCGUGCGUUUCAACCGGACCUGGGCUGAGUACCGAUCGGGCUUCGGCGAGCUGGACGGAGGGGAGUUUUGGCUGGGCAACAACAUGAUCCACCUGCUGACCCGGGACAGGGACAUGGUGCUGCGGGUGGAGCUGGAGGACUUUGGCGGUGUGAUGGAGUACGCAGAGUACGAGCAGUUCAGCGUGGCGAGUGAGAGGCUGCGCUACAGACUGUCGGUGGGUCGCUACUCGGGAACUGCAGGCGAUUCUCUCCGCUUCAGCAAAACUUACGAUCACAACAACAGGGCGUUCACCACGCCGGACAGGGACCACGACCGCUACCCAUCCGGGAACUGCGGGGCCUACUACAGCAGCGGGUGGUGGUUUGAUGCCUGCAUGGCUGCAAAUCUCAACGGGAGAUACUAUGUGGGGAGCUACAAGGGAGUCAGGGAUGGGAUCUUCUGGGGGACAUGGCAUAGCAUCUCUACAGAGUAUUACCCCACCAAUGACAGACAGUCAUUUAAAACUGUCAGGAUGAUGAUCCGACCAAAGAGCCUGGUACCAUGAGCCUCGACUCUCUACCAUGGCAAUGCACAGACAUAAUAAGAAACAUUAAGGUUUUAACUACUAACUUUAACCAUGAAUUACUCAGAUACUCUUUGCAAUCUAAUACAACCUAGUACACGGUUAUUGAUCACUACUAAGACAAUGCUGCCGCCUUGUGGUGUGUGAUUCUCCAAUAAUGAUUUGUUUACAGGAUAAUAUGACAUAACUGAGGAUGUACAUAGUUACAAAGGUAAUAAUCCUAAUUACAUUGUAACUUUUUUACAACAUUGUAAUAUUAAUAUAUUUGUUGUUUUUGUAGAUUGGAAUUUGUUUAACGAUGAAAGAGGGAAAUCCUCUUGUGAGGAGUUUAUUUUUCUCAGUGAAUCUGACGGGUAUGUA